AUGGCUUUUCUCCGGCGGCUUUUUGGCUUUUCAGAGAAGAAGAAGCCACCCAGGCAGUACCAGCACCUCCGGCGGGACGUGGACCCCGAGGAGGCCUGGCUGGUGCUGGGAGAACUGGGCGAUGGCGCCUUUGGCAAGGUCUUUAAGGCACAGAACAAGGUGACGGGGGCGUUGGCGGCCGCCAAGGUGAUCGAGACCCCGAGCGAGGAGGAGCUGGAGGACUACGUGGUGGAGAUCGAGAUCUUGGCUUGCUGCGACCACCCCAACAUCACCAAGCUGCUGGACGCGCUCUACUGGAACGGGCGGCUCUGGAUCCUGGUGGAGUUUUGUCCCGGAGGGGCCGUGGAUGCAGCGAUUUUGGAGCUGGAGAAAGGGCUGACGGAGGAGCAGAUCCGGGCGGCCUGCAAGCAGCUGCUCCUGGCGCUGCAGUACCUGCACGGCUGCAAGAUCAUCCACAGGGAUGUGAAGGCUGGAAACGUCCUCCUCACCCUCGACGGGGACGUCAAGCUGGCUGAUUUUGGUGUCUCGGCCAAAAACUCCAGCACCGUCCAGCGCCGAGUGUCCUUCAUCGGCACCCCGUACUGGAUGGCCCCGGAGGUGGUGCAGUGUGAGACGUCCAAGGAGAACCCCUACAGCUACAAGGCUGACAUCUGGUCACUGGGCAUCACGCUGAUUGAGAUGGCUGAGAUGGAGCCCCCCUACCAUGAGCUGAACCCCCUCCGGGUGCUGCUGAAGAUCGCCAAGUCCCAGCCGCCCACCUUGCGUCACCCCAAGAAGUGGUCUGAAGAUUUCAAGGACUUCCUGAGGAAAUCCUUGGAGAAGAGCCCUGAGGCGCGGUGGUCGGCCAGCCAGCUCCUGCAGCACCCCUUUGUGGCGGGCAUCUCCGACAAGCGGCCGCUCCGGGAGCUGGUGGCCGAAGCCCGAGCUGAUGUGCUGGAGGAAGAGGAUGAGGAGGAAGGUCCGGUCCCCUCGCCUGGGCAGGAGAGUGGAGAGUCCUCCUGCCCCCCAACCCCGGGGGUUCCCCUGGAGCAUCAGCCCCUGGAUGAAGCGGAGAGAGACAACAAGGAACCAGGCAUCCCAUCCGAUGUCCAGGUGGUGGCAGAGCCCAGGACCAAGAGAGCAUCUGACUUCUUGAAGCACAUGAGGAGGAGGUCCUCGCCUGAGUUCGUGGGCUCCGUGAGGCUCACCGCGAAGAGGUCCUCUGAGUUUCUGAAGCUGAUGCAGCGCAGGUCGUUUUUUGGAGGGAUGAAGUCCCAAGAAACAGCUACGGAACAGCAUGGGGCAGAGCCAAGUGGGUUGGAGACUACGGUGCUGGAUGCUCCUCAAGGGACACCAGUCCCAGCAGAGGCAGGAGGAGAAGUUCAAGGGUGUCAAGAGGAGGAGACCAGCCCUCUGGGGACCCCCUGCCACGUGGCUGAGCUCCCCUCAGGACCACAGCGGGCAGGAGACCUUGCUGAACUGCAAGAGCUGAAGGUAGACCAGGUUGGACCCAAGGCAGAGCCCCAGGAGGAAAGUCAAUGGGCUAACGCAUCAUCGGUGGCCAAAACGUCGAUGGAGGGACAGCUUGCAGCCCAACUGAGCCCCAUUUUGACCCCCAAAAGUGACACAAAAGAGGAGUCAAGCAGAGACCCUACUUGUAACUCACUGGCCCUGCCUGCGCCCACGGACGGGGACUGGCGCAGAGUCUUGGCCAUGGGGCAGCUGGUGGCAGCCCUGGACCUGUGGACCAUGGGGACCAAAUCCCAAAGCUUCAAGCCACUGGCAGAACAUCAGCAUCGGGUUACUCGGUCGUUGCUAGACAUGAAGGUUGAGGUUGGCUCCAUUGGGGCUGAAGAUGGCUUUAGGAAGGAUGGUGAUGGGGCAAGGAGGGGAUCCAUGAAACCUGAGGGUGCUGGAGAGCCCGGGGAGACUGAGCAGGCUGAGGCUGAGGGUGGCUCCACCAGGGAUGAAGAUGUUCUUGGGAAGGAUGGUGAUGGAGCAGGGAGGGGACCCAUGGGUGCUGGAGAGCCUGGGGAGACUGAGCAGGUUGAGGUUGGCUCCACCAGGGAUGAAGAUAAUCUUGGGAAGGAAGGUGAUGGAGCAGGGAGGGGACCCAUGGGUGCUGGAGAGCCUCGGGAGACUGAGCCGGUGGAGGAGAGGGUGCCACGGGGUGAAGAAUCACUGAUGCCCAGUGUGACAGAGGAGACAGUGGUGGGAUCAGAUGUUCUCAAGGGGUGGCAGGAGCCCUCAGCUGGUCCAGGAGAGGCUGGAGAAAGGAACAAUGGGGAGAGAAACUCGGCCAUGUGUGAGCCCAGUGCUGACCCCCUGGACCUGGCUGGGCAGGAGGUGGGGAGGAGCGAGGAGGAAGCCACAGGUAACGCUGAAACUGGGGUGGAAACUUCUCCUGAGGAAGCCCUGGUGCCAGCAGAAGUAAAAUUGGAAGAGGAUAUUGUUAAAGGUUGUUUGAUUGGAGACCAUAACCCAACGGGAGAUGCAACCAGCCUGGGGAAAGCGAUGCUGACAGGAGAGGAACCCAAGGCAUCCUCUGCAGCGUGUGCAGGAGAGGGACCUGCAAGUGAGGAGGCUCAAAAUUCAGCAGAGGAUUCAUCCCCCAUGGAGAUCCCGGAGCCUGUUGAAGAAGAAACAGAAGAGAAAGUAGAAAACAGCCACGGAAACAACCAGCCAGAAGCUGCUCAUGGGAAUGUCCAGAAGGGACAAGAUGGAAAUGAUGGAGAGCUUGGAGAAGACGGGGUGCAGGUUGCUCCAGCUCCUGAAGAGCCAUCAAAGGAUGGACCUGGACAGGAGAUGGGUGGCUUGGAGGGUCAUGGAGCAGUGCCUGAGCUCCAGGAAGCCCUUGGUGGCCAUCCAAAGGCCACAAAGACUAUGAGCUUUGACGCUGCCCUUGUGCACACCUCUUCCCAGGCGCGGGCAGCAUGGGAAGGUGGGAACACACCAGAUCCAUCCAUCACAUCAAAGCAAGGAGAAGAACCAUACCCUGUGGAAAACCCUGAAGAUGUACAAGAAGGUCCAAGUGUCCUCCCUGCAGCAGCACAGUCUUUCCCCUCUGCUGAAGAAGCCCAGCAGGAACCCACCUCACUCCAAAAGACGGUCAAGAAAACCCGGAGGUUUGUUGUGGAUGGGGAGGAGGUGAGCGUGACGACCGCCAGGACCGUCGGCAAGGCUGGGGCGAGGGAUGAGAUGGUGCGCUCGGCUCGGCGGCAGGAGCUCCGCGAGCUGCGGGUGCUGCAGAAGGAAGAGCAGCGAGCCCAGAGCCAGCUGGAGCAGAAGUUUCACCAGCAGCGGGAGCAGAUGUUUCGUCACAUCGAGCAGGAGAUGAUGAGCAAGAAGGAGUUUUACGACCGGGAGGUGGAGAGCUCGGAGCGGCGCUACCAGCAGCUGAAGGACCGUCAGGAGCUCGAGUACACAGCCAGGCUGCAAGAGGAGGCCAAACGCCUCAAGUCCCUCCAGGAGAAGGACUGUGAGAAGAGGAUGCAAGAGCUGAAGGGUGAUAAGAAAGAGGAGCAGCGGUUCCUGCAGCAGCAGCAAGAGGAACUCAACGCAGCCCUGCAGAGGGUUGUCCAGGACCACAAGAAGAAGAUGACAUCCAUCGACUGGGAGUGCAUCAACAAGAUCCAUAGCCUCAGGAGAGCCCGUGAGUUGGUGGUGUGGAGCAUGGAGCAAGGGCACCUGCAGGAGAAGUACCAGCUCUUCAGGCAGCAGGUGAAGGAGCAGCACGCACUGCAGAGGCAACAGCUCCACAAGCGCCACGAGAAGGAGAGGGAGAGGAUGAACCGCUUCCACCAGCUCUUGCUGGAGGAUCUGAAGAGCCAGCAGGCGCAGGAGAGGGCUCAGCUGCUGAAAAGCCAGCGCUGCGACGCCAAAACCCGCCUGGCCCUCUUCAAGGACAACCUGAAGACCCAGGAGACCAACGGGGCCAAGCAAAGGGAGAGGGCCAAGCAGUUUGCGCAGCAGGAGGAGAGGCGGCAGCGCGCGGAGGCGCAGCAGCAGCAGGAGCAGCAGUUGCAGCAGCUGCAGCAGUUGCAGCAGCAGCAGGCGGAGAGCCUGGCAGAGCUGGAGCAGAUGCAGAAGGAGAAGAUGAACCUCUUGGCAGAGCAGGAGAGGAGGCAGCUGGGGCGGCUGGAUGAGGAGCACGCCAUGGAGCUCAGCGAGUGGAAGCAACGGCUGGUUGCCCGCAAGGAGAUGCUGGAGGAGGAACUGGGGAACUCGCUGCCGGUGCAGCGGCGAGGAGGGCUGCAGGGAGCCCACAGCAGCAACAGGAUCACCCGCUUCUUCCAUCUCCCCUCCUGAAGCUCCACUGGGGAGUACUGGGGAGCGAGAGGUGGGAAGCUGCCUGGGGACAGGUCCCCAUGGUUCUUCUGGGAGAUGGGACCAAAGGAUCUCAAAGGUGACACUAGGGGCAGCUGCCCCGGGGACGCUGAGCAGCCGGGCAGGACGUGGUAUGGAUUCUGGGGGGCAACCAUGGGGUGUGUUCAAGCCCACCCUCCCUGGCCACGCUGGAGGGACUGAGGUGACACAGGCGCUGCCACCCCCCAGUCACCCCAGAAGCCCCUCGGGGAAGUCACCCCACUGGUCUCCAAGUUGUGGGUACAGAGGGGUUGGUGGCACUUCCCGUGGGGAUGUCCCCU